UUGGGACGUGUUGACUGUUCUCAGUGAAUGUGGGUUCAUUUCCUCCGUGUGUUUCAGGGAAUGGCUUCACACGGACGAGGCCGCUCCGCUAGUGCUUCCGCCUUGCAUGGAGAGGAGCGUCGAGGGACAACGUCGUCGCCGGCAAGGGAAACGAGUCGGGGAGUUGGAGGUGGGGAGGAAGAACGACGUGCUCAAAACUUGUGGUGCGACUACAGCAAACGCGUCUGGUAUUUGGACUGGGCGAGCCAGGACAGCUCCGACCCGUUGCAACCACCGUGCGGGGCGCUCUUGUUCGUCGCCGUUCGCGCCGACAGAACGCGUCUCGCAGGGUCCAUCGUCCAGUGGGUCGAUGAUGGCAAAUACAAUUUCAAGUUAACUUUGAAGAAGCAUUACAAAAGUGAUGGUUCUGUCGACGGCAUCGCAAAGGGAUGCAAGGUUGCCGGGAGAAUGUUCGGCGGGUGGCCGAGGUUUCGCCUGGAGAUCGAGCGGGUAGCACCGGGGGAACUGCAGACGGAGUUGAGCCAGGAACGAGAAGCAAGUGGGAACGUCGCCGGUGAGGAGGAGGUGUCCGAGCAAGGGCUGUUCCGUAAAAGAUCGGCUGAAAAGACUCAGUCGGGAGGCAAGCGCAACUUGCCGGAUGAGAAAGAGCGAGAGGGACUAGGUGCUCUGAAAAGGCAGAGAAAGGUAGGAGGGAGUGCUCGGACGCCAAUAACACGAGAGGGCGGUUCCGUUGAGAAGAGGAAAAGGGUUGGAGGUGGGGAUGAAACGCCAAAAGACUCGUCGAUACAGCGAAGAACCAGGGCUGAAGAAACACGUCUGGUACGUGAAGGUGGACGACCCGUCGUUGAAAAAGGACAGGGGGAAGCCAAAGAAAGGGUUGCGGAGGAGAAAACUUUCUACGUCCAAGUUCCAGAGCAGGAUGUCCACUGCUGGAAGGAAUUGGUGGACUUGAUGGACCGCGAGAAGAAAAGGUUGUUGAACAGCGUCUUGAACCUGAACAUCGUGUGGGUUCAAACGAGUAGCAAAAAGUUGGCCGAGCAGGAGAAGUUCAGUGUCAAGGAGAUGGUCGACACAAUAAAAAUGGACCGGAUUAUGCUGAGGCUAUGGCACUACAUGGAGUUCGAGUACGAGGAAAUGGAUAAGCGGGAGUGGAAUGCCAACUCCACGUUCUUCAGGUCCAAGAAGCAACUGUUCGAAGAGUUCAAGGACAGAGGUCUCAACGACAAGCUUUGGAACGAGAGCAAGAAAUUUUUCACGGACACCACAUACGUCAACAAGUGCCCUCAGUUUCUCGGGUGUCAACACGACAACAACAUUAAGAGAACGGCGCCCCUCAUCAACGACCAGCAUUUCCCGGCGGAGUGGAAGCGUGUCGUCCUUUCAGUGGUCACUGGAGAUCGCGCUAAAGGCAAAAAAAAACCUCAGGGCGUUGAUGAAUGCAUCAACAUUAUGUGGACAAGGACAAGCGCCUUGACGACGCUGGCCCAGUUUAACGUCGACCUAUUGAGUGCCAGAAAUCAUAACGAGCCGCUUGGAAAACUAGGGCAUCAGCUACGCUCCCACACUUGCGUGCUCGACUUGUGCGGUGCUGUGGACCGUGCGCAAUGGGACUCUGGGGCAUUCGCGUCUCUAAGUGAGUUGUUGGGCUUCGUUUGUCAGGACUACUGGACAUUGGUGGUAUUCGUCCCCUGCUUGUGGAACCUCUCCUUCAUGACAUGUUUGUCUGCGCUUGGGGCUACCCGAUGCUACACGGGGAAGUGGGUUCGGAAGACGGCAUCGAAGAAGACGCAUCAGUUUGGAAACAGCGUCUGGGAGGAGCCGGAUGUGAUGCACAUCCUUUUCAAAGGSGAGGAUCCUCGGCUACAGACUCACCCGGUGUACGAGGGAGCUGUUGCUGAAGACGACGUCGCCGCUCUCCGAAGGAAACAAAAAGUGACACCCACGGAUGUGGAGGAGAAGUCUUUCAAGUCUUUGACUUUCGCGGACAUCGGAAACCUGACCUAGAGGGGGGCUCUGUACAAGGACGGCGAGCGAAAUCCG